AUCCACGACAGUAGUUUGGUAGUGACAGCAGUUGAUUCUCGGAGCAAGGCACUGGAGUUUCUUGGCCUGCACAACAACAACAACCACCACAGUAGUGACCCUGCUUCUGCUGCCAACGAUGACAUUAGUUUUAUGCCUGGAAUUAGUUUUAUCAUUACUGAUUACUGUAUGCCUGGAAUGAGCGGCUAUGAGCUCGUUAGAAGAAUCAAGGAAUCCGAGUCUUUCAAGGACAUUCCAGUUGUGAUCAUGUCUUCAGAGAAUGUACCCUCCAUAAUCAACAGGUGCCUAGCUAGAAGAAGGAGCUCAAGAGUUCUUCCUCAAGCCGGUUCAAUUUCUCAGAUGUCAACAAGCUCAAAUCUCACCUUUUGCGAUCAUCAUCAUCCAAUAGCAGCAAUAAUGAUGGAGAUUAUGAUGAGAUUAACAAUGGCAACCCUGUUUAUAUGUAUUAAUUGUUGCUUUAGGCUUGGGAUGAUGAUGAUUUUGAACGUAUUUGUUGGUGAUAAGUAUAGUGAGAUGAUAAUACAUUACCACAAAUCUGGUUAA